GACCGAAACAGCGGCCGAGCCGGCGGCCUGCCACAACCAGCGGCGGCCGGCAUGGAGCUGAUGACGGAGGAGCUCGUCGAGGAGAUCCUCCUCCGCGUACCGCCGGACGAGCCGGCGUACUUGGUCCGCGCCGCCCUCGUCUGCAGGCACUGGCGCCGCAUCCUCUCCGACCGUGGCUUCCUCCGCCGCUACCGCGCGUUCCACCGUACGCCGCCGCUGCUCGGCUACCUCCACAACCUCUCCUCCCGCCCCACUGGCCGGAUCCCCCGGUUCGUCCGCACAUCCAUCGCCUCCCCCUUCUCCCAACCCGAACUCGGCUGCGACUUCUGGUGGGCACUCGACUGCCGCCACAGCCGCGUGUUGAUCCACACCGUCAAUCCUGGCCACCUCGUCGUGUGGGACCCUCUGACCGGUGACCAGCAGCACCUGAGCAUGCCGGCCUACCCGAGCGGCCACAUGUACAACGGGGCAGUUCUCUGUGCCAAGCACGGCAACGGCGGCUGCGACCACCUCGACUGCGGCCAUGGCGGUUCGUUCGUCGUGGUCUACGUGGACGUUGACACCGACCACGUCGUGAGAGCGAGUGCCUACUCGUCGGAGACCCGUGCAUGGGGGGCGACGACCUCUGUUCAUGUCGACAAUUUCUUCGAGGACAGAGUCAGCCUUCUGGCCGGAGGCGCGCUCCACUUCGCCCUCGAGGGUGGCCGGAGCAUCCUCAAGUACGACCUGAGCAGGCAUCGCCUGUCGGUGAUCGGCACGCCAGGAGAUUUUGCGGGCAUGGUCAUGAUGGAGGCAGAAGACGGAGGGCUGGGCUUCGUCGCCGUGUUGAACGGUUGCAUCUACAUCUGGACGCAGCAGCAGCAGGAAGUUGGCACUACUAUUAGAUGGGCGCAGCACAGGACUAUCGAACUCGAGACAGUGCUCCCCAGACGUUACAGAUCCCAAUCAGGUGAAGUGAUUGGCUUCGCAGAGGCCACAAAUGCAGUUUUCAUCAACAGACAUGAAGGAGUCUUUGUACUAGACCUCAACUCAAGGAAGGUGAGGAAGGUAGGUGAAAGAGGGGACUACCGCAACAUAUUACCUUACAUGAGCUUCUACACCCCAUCAGGCCGGUACUUCUCUUAA